AUGGUGCUCGACAACGAGGCCCUCUAUGACAUCUGCUUCAGGACUCUAAAACUCACAACGCCUACUUACGGUGACCUCAACCAUUUGGUCUCUGCUGCUAUGUCUGGUGUCACUACUUGCUUGCGAUUCCCCGGUCAGCUCAACGCUGAUCUCCGUAAGCUUGCGGUCAACAUGAUCCCGUUCCCCCGGUUACAUUUCUUCAUGACGGGCUUCGCCCCUCUCACCUCUCGUGGCUCUCAGCAAUAUCGCGCUCUUACCGUGCCCGAGUUGACCCAGCAAAUGUUCGAUGCCAAGAACAUGAUGUGCGCGUCUGAUCCUCGACAUGGUAGAUAUCUGACCGCUACCGCUCUCUUCCGUGGCCGAAUGUCGACCAAGGAAGUCGAUGAGCAAAUGCUCAAUGUCCAGAAUAAGAACUCGAGUUACUUUGUCGAGUGGAUCCCCAAUAACAUCAAGAGCGGUGUCUGCGAUAUCCCCCCCAAGGGCCUCAAGAUGGCCGUGACCUUCUUGGGUAACUCCACUGCCAUCCAAGAGAUGUUCAAGCGGGUGGCUGAACAAUUCACUGCAAUGUUCCGAAGGAAGGCUUUCCUCCAUUGGUAUACUGGUGAGGGUAUGGAUGAGAUGGAGUUCACUGAGGCUGAGUCCAACAUGAACGACUUGGUUUCCGAGUACCAACAGUACCAAGAUGCCACUGCUGAGGAAGAAGGUGAAUUCGACGAAGAGGAAGGCGAGUAUGAUAUGGAACCCAUGUAA